AUGCAGCCUAAAGAUUACUCCAUUGUCAAACACUUGGAGAAGACUCCGGCCCAGAUUUCUGUGUGGGCCCUACUGAUGAGCUCCUGGUCCCACAGACAGGCUUUGAUGAAAGCCUUGGAUGACACGUACAUGCUCUCAGGUACAAGAAGCGAUAACGUAGCUGCCAUGAUUCAUCAGGUCAUUCGGGGACACCGCAUUAGCUUCUGCGAUGAUGAAUUGCCAGCCAAAGGAAGAUCCCAUGUUAAAUCUCUACACGUCAAUGUGAUAUGCCGCGGAAAGGUCGUCAAUCGUGUCUUGGUAGACGAUGGAUCUGGUUUGAACAUAUGCCCCUUGUCCACAUUGAAACAGCUGAGGUUUGACCUCGGAAAAUUGGAGCAAAAUCAGGUUAAUGUAAGAGCGUUUGAUGGUGUGCAAAGAGACACAUUGGGGGCGGCGGACUUGACCCUUCAAAUUGGCCACGUGGAGUUCAACGCGAAGUUCCAAGUGUUAGAUAUUGGCACCAGCUAUAACCUUCUUCUGGGAAGGACGUUCAAUCACAUGGGUGGAGCCGUCCCUUCCACUCUUCACCAAAUGAUGAAGUUGGUAUGGGAAAAUGAGGAGCUAGUUGUUCACGGUGAAAGAAGCCACUCAAGCAAGCAGGUGUCAGUCUUUGACGAGACGCUGCAAGGUUUGGAUUUUUACAUGGUGGAGUUGGUAAAUGCCACCGAUGAGGAUUUGGCCCCGCAGGCCCCCAUGCCGGCCGUGUACAGAAUAAUUGCCACGGUAAUGCUGCAGAAUGGGUUCAAACCAGGUUUUGGAUUGGAAAGAAAUUCCCAAGGGAUUAUUGAGCCAGUUUCUGUCCUUGCUAAAGGAUCAAAAUAUGGUUUAGGGUACAUCCCCACAGAUGACGAUGUGAAGAUGAAGAAGAAAAAGGAUCAAGAGUUGGCUAAACCGAUCCCGCAUCUUAAUGUAAGUUACAGGCCUGUCAAUGUCAUGUCAUGUCAUGAGCUAAAUGAGCAAAAUGAGACAGAUGACGACAAGGUUGACGACUAUGAAGAAGAAAACAGGGAACCAGAUUAUGUCGCAAAGGAAUUUCGACAGUUUGAGAAUCAGCGUAAACCGAAUCUUGAGGAGACAGAAAUGAUGAAUUUGGGAGAUUCAGAAUGUGUCAAAGAGGUUAAGAUUAGCACCUACCUGAAUGGAACUCAAAAGGAGAGCCUGAUUCAUUUGCUUGCCGAAUACAGUGAUGUGUUUGUUUGGGAAGUCGGUGAUAUGCAGGGUUUGAGUACCGACAUCGUAUCUCAUAAGCUACCUAUCAACCCAAGGUUCGAGCAGGUGAAACAAAAGACUCGAAAAUUCAAGGCUGAACUGAGCUUAAAGAUUAAGAAAGAAAUCACCAAGCAAAUAGAGUCUCGACUGGUGGAAGUAACACAAUACCCAACCUGGUUGGCCAAUGUCGUUCCGGUCGCCAAGAAAGAUGGGAAAAUCAAGAUUUGUGUUGAUUAUAGAGACCUCAACAAGGAUAGUCCGAAGGAUAAUUUUUCGUUGCCGAACAUCCAUAUUUUGAUUGACAAUUGUGCCAAACAUGAGAUGCAGUCAUUUGUGGGCUGUUACGCAGGUUAUCACCAAAUUCUGAUGGAUGGAAAAGACGUAGAAAAAAUGGCGUUCAUCACACCUUGGGGGGUAUAUCACUACAGGGUGAUGUCGUUCGGCCUCAAGAACGCCGGUGCUACUUAUAUGAGAGCCGUGACAACUAUUUUCCAUGACAUGAUUCUUAAGGAAAUUGAAGUGUACGUGGAUGAUGUCAUUAUCAAAUCCCGUGAGAGUUCAGAUCAUUUGACACACUUGAGAAAAUUCUUUGAGCGUUUGCAUCGGUACAACUUGAAGUUAAAUCCCGCCAAAUGCGCUUUUGGAGGAUUCUAG